UAUAGUCUAUUGCAUCUGCAGACAUGGAUUUCAACCAGCUGGAGGCAUUCUUGACUGCUCAAACCAAAAAGCAGGCUGGGAUCACAUCUGACCAAGCUGCUGUUAUUUCCAAAUUCUGGAAGAGCCACAAGACAAAGAUCCGAGAGAGCCUCAUUAACCAGAGCCGCUGGGACAGUGGGCUUAGGGGCCUGAGCUGGAGGGUUGAUGGCAAAUCACAGUCAAGGCACUCAGCUCAGAUACACGUCCCUGUUGCCAUAAUGGAGCUGGAAAUAGGAAAAAGUGGACAGGAAUCUGAAUUUCUGUGUUUGGAAUUUGAUGAAGUCAAGGUUAACCAAGUUCUGAAGAAGCUCUCAGAGAUAGAAGAAAGUAUCAGCACACUGAUGCAGCCAGCCUAGCUGAAGAUGGAGUUACUGAAGCAAAGGUGUUCAUGAUCCCUCCCCGGUGACCUGUUUAAAAAAAAAUCUUAUUCACCCAUUAGUAUUAAAUCCUCAAAUUCCAAUCUU